CAAAAGAGCUGUCAGACACGUUUGAGGAGAGCAGAAGCAAGGAGCAAAAAAUAACACAAAAGGACAGAAAACAAAACGGUUUUAUAGGAACAACACUUCAUCACCAUAAUGGAGAACAUUGACUUGUCUUCAAUGAAACUAUCUAGGCCUGAGUUGUUUGAUUUUGAGGGCAUUUCAAUGAUCCACCACUUCACUGACAACUGGGAAAAGGUGAAGAACUUCCAGGCAAGACCAGAUGACAUUCUAAUCGCCACUUACCCGAAAGCUGGUACCACCUGGGUUUCUUAUAUACUGGACCUUCUGUAUUUUGGAAAUGAUGCUCCAGAGCGGCAGAUGUCCCAGCCAAUCUAUAUAAGAGUGCCAUUCCUGGAGUCAUACUUUCCACAAGUGAUUCCAUCUGGGACAGAACUGGCUGAUAAUCUGCCCACCUCUCCUCGCCUCAUUAAAACUCAUCUACCUGUUCAGCUUGUGCCCAAGUCCUUCUGGGAGCAGAACUGCAGGGUUGUGUAUGUAGCUCGGAAUGCAAAAGACAACGCAGUCUCCUAUUUUCACUUUGAUCGAAUGAACUUGGCACAGCCUGAACCAGGAGAUUGGAACAACUUCUUACAGAAAUUUAUGGAAGGAAAGAAUGUGUUUGGUCCUUGGUACGACCAUGUCAGUGGAUGGUGGGAAAAAAAACAGACAUAUUCUAACUUGCUGUACAUGUUCUAUGAGGAUAUGGUUGAAGACACUGGACGUGAGGUGGAACGUUUGUGCUCCUUCUUGGGUUUGUCAAACUCAGUUGAGGAGAGAGAGAAAAUAACAAAAGGAGUUCAGUUUAAUGCUAUGAAACAAAACAAGAUGACCAACUAUUCCACAAUAUCAGUCAUGGACUUCAAGAUCUCACCCUUCAUGCGUAAAGGUAAAGUCGGAGACUGGAAAAAUCACUUUACUGUGGCACAAAAUCAACAGUUUGAUGAGGUCUACAAACAAAAGAUGAAGAACACAACCGUCAAGUUCCGGACAGCAAUUUGAGGCUUGUGUUCAGCUCCAAAUUAGUCCCUAAAUAAAUAAUCCAGCUUCCAUCCCGAGGUUACCAGAGAUUAUUGGAUCCAACUCUGUUCCUGCUUGGUGUCGGACUCCACUGCUACAUGUCACUGAGUGAUGACGACUAACUCCAGCCGGUGCCAUCCAGACAUCACUUCAAUCUACUAUGAUGGACUUCAGAGGAUGAACUGAUACCAACUGUAAAACAUUGGAUACUUCAUAUGCCACUGCCUCACUGAUCUCUGCCUGCAACACCUUGGUCUAUUGAUGGACUACACUCUUGAAAGGAAUACAUAGACUAUCAAUGAAAUGCCAACAAAAGCCUUCAUCAGUGAACUAACAAUAGACAAUUCGGACUACUGGUUAGGUAAUGCGGUGUUAAGACACAUGGUGUCUGUGUAGAUGAUUCACUAAUUUGUUAAAUAGAAUUUGUAAAGUUGUAUUGAUUGUUCAUGUAUUGUAUUCCUGCAUUGAAUUAUUUUGGAAGACUUUGAUUUUGACAUAGUUGUAAUGCAUUCUGGUAUGAAUAUACAAAGUGCUUCCCAUUUACGCUGUGUGUGUGUGCACGCUUUGUGAAGAACAUGUAUUGUAAUCAUGUGAUGGGUUUUCCUUUUCAUCGUGUAUUGUGCUUCUCACUGAAAGGAUUAUAAGGUAAAUUAUUUUAAUGUUUGUCACCUAGUAAUUGUGUGAUGUGAAUUUCUUUAUUGUCAUAUUGGUAAUUGUGCUGGUUUUAUUUUUUGAUGAUGUUUUUACAGUGUUUUUUUCUCUUGUUGUUGUUG